AUGGCCGCAGCGCAAGCGGCAGGAGCAAGCCUGGGCGCAUGCAAGGGUCCGCGAAACCAUGGGGUGAGGACUCGAGGCGUCAUCACGUCCGGGGCCCUGCAUCGCACCCCCCCCCCGGCCGCCCCCGCGGCCGCGCUUCUCCUUUCGGCCUCCGCCGCGGGGGCGUCUUUACAGCCUCCAGAAAAAGGAAGGAAGCCGCGUGGUCCUGACGCGCCGAGGUCCCCGGUGCCGUCCCCAGGCCCCUCGGGGAAACUGAGGCCCUGCGGUGUUCAGUGGGUGCCUGCUGUGAUAGGAAUCCUUUCAAGAGCUGGCGACAGGGCAGUGAAAAGGAAAGACAAACAUUUCGUCAUUGUGCAGAGAUGGUUCCAACGUGGGGGGACCGAUAAGAAACAAAAAUAUAUGGGGAAAAGGAAAGCGGAGGCUCCCCAGCCCUUCGCUGAAGUUGCCAGGAAGGGCAAGGCUUCCUCCCGGGUGCCAGGCAGUCUUGGGCAGUCCAGUGAGUGGACCCACUACAGACUAGAGGCCACGGACUCAUGUCCCGCUUUGUGGCCUGGCCCCUGCUCUCCCUUCACUCUGAGCUGUGGCGUGGCCACCCCGCCCUUCCUGGCAGCUUCAGUGAAUUUCUUUUGUCCCCGAGCAUUCUGAACAUGCUGUUCCUCUAGCCCAGAAUUUCCUUCCCACCGCUUUUACAGGAGGUUCUCAGAGCAUUUCAUCCACAAGGUUGUGACAGAAGGAGGAGCAGAUUGGGGUUUGGAUCCAGGCUCUGACAACUUAGCGGCUGUUUUAGUGGACGUUCUCCCCAAAAGCAGCGCCUGGAACCAAACUUGGUGUUCUGGCAGUUUAUACCUGGGAUGGGGGUUUGGGGGGAGUCGGGGAAGGCAACCAGGAAAGCUGUGGGUUAGUAUGGAGACCUCCUUUGGGGGCCACUGUGGUUCAGUCUCACUGAGGAACCCCUCGGAGAUGGGCGGACUUUUUACGCCAAUCCUGUGCCUCGCUCGGUCGAAGCUCCUCCAGGAAUGUCAACUGCCUAAUACUUCAUUACUCCAUAUGUACAUUUCUAUUCAUUUAUUUAAACAGUUUUUGGUCACCGGGCUGUCCAUCGCAUCCCAGGACCUAUUUACCUUGUAACCGGAAGUUUGUACCCUUUGACCCGCUUCACCCAUUUCCCCCACCCCCUGCCUCUGGCAACCACCAAU